AUGCCUCGUCCAACAGCCUUGGAGUGCGUGGAGCGGAGGUUGGCAGCGCAGCGGCGACUACGGUUGUUCGAGGAGCGUAUCACAGCGAGAAUCGCUCAAGAUCAACCAAUCUGUGCAGCAGUGAUUCUCCACGUCGCUGGUGUGUUGUCGCGAGGAGCAACACUUGUCCACUUCGAGCACAUUAUACGAGAAGAGCCCAAUCAGUAUGGGGAGGUGUACCACCUUGUUCUUGAGCUGUGCAAUUGCAGCCUUCAAGACCGGAUCAAGUACAAGGGGCAGCUUGAUGAGGAAGAAUCUACAAAGAUCGUCAUAGCUCUCGCCAAGACGCUAAAGAGGGUUCAUGACAAUGAGAUCAUCCAUUGCGAUGUGAAGCCCAUGAAUGUUUUGCUGAAGUACCCGCAACCUGGGAAGUUCUAUGUCCCAAAGCUGUCCGACUUUGGGAUGGCUUGCUGGAUGGAGGAUUUGUGGAACGAGCGUGGGGUUGGGACGUGGGAUUAUAUGUCCCCCGAAGCAAUGCUCGAUGGGCACUAUAUCGCAGGCAGCGAUGUGUGGGGCUUAGGGAUGCUGCUUUACACUUGUCUUAUGGGAACUUGUCUGUUCCCAAAUCUAGAUUUGGAGGUGGUAUUUAAGAAUGCACACAAGAGAGAUCGAAGUACAAGGAAUUUCCAUCACAAUUCCAUGGAUUGGGAUAGCAUUCCAUCCCAUUCUGCAAGGCAGCUUAUCCAAGGCACGAUGGAAUUGGAUCCCGGAAGGAGGUUUACUCUGGAAAAUGUCCUUGACCAUGAGUGGAUAAAGAAAUAUUUAUAA